GAAAACAAUCCCUACCAGAGGUGCUGACAUGAUGGAUAGGAAUCUUCAAAAGGAUGAUUUUACCAGAACAAUUAAGUUUAUACCUCCUCUCUACAAACAACGUUACCAGUUUAUUAAGGAUUUAGUGAUGAAAUACAAGCCUAAGAAGGUUGCAGACUUGGGAUGUGCUGACUGUACACUACUCUGGAUGCUGAAAUUCUGCAAAUGCAUUGAGGUGCUAGCUGGGCUAGAUAUCAGGGAGAAUGUGAUGAAAGAGAAAAUGCAUAGGUUGUCUCCUCUUCCUGGUGAUUAUUUGCAACCAAGUGAAAGAUCUCUAACUGUGAGUCUGCAUCAUGGCUCAGUUGCACAUAAAGACCCUUGCAUGCUUGGUUUUGACUUGGUAACAUGCAUUGAAUUAAUAGAGCACCUGGAAGCAACAGAACUGGAAAUGUUUCCAGAAGUGGUCUUUGGUUUUAUGGCUCCAUCCAUGGUUGUAAUCAGUACUCCAAACUCAGAAUUUAAUCCUUUACUCCCAGGAGUGACAUUGUUCAGACAUUCAGACCAUAAAUUUGAAUGGGACCGAGCACAAUUUGAAAGUUGGGGAAGAGGAAGUCACAUUUGUCCCAGCCCAGCCAGGACUAGCAGCUGAGCCUGGCACAGUGUAGGAGUCCCAGCCCAAUCAGAACUCCCCUAUAGGGUGAUUUACCUCUCCACUGGGACCCUAAAACAACAGCCAAUGUUACUGCAGACCUUAUCACAAGUAUUUUAACCUAACCAAUGCAGUUUGAAUCAGUUGAUCUGUCUUUUCCUUUUGCUAACUUUCAUAAACAACUUUAUGUAACCGUUUGAAUUGGACUUCUGUUACCUUGGACAACUUAAAAUACCUUUGCACAAAAGUUAACGUGCACAGUUACAUGCAGGCACCUGUAUCAGAAUCAACAGUGUAAGGGGGACUAGUGGGCGGCAGCUGGUGUGCACAGGGAGCAGAGGCAGCAGUGAGAGGAGCAGGACACAGCUGUCUCUCUGUGCAUUCUGGCUCCUGUGGAGCUGUCUCCCCCACCCUGCGUUGCUGCCUUUGUAUUUCUUCCACAACCAUACACUGGCCUGAACUUUCUGAGAUUGUACUUUCUACCAUGCAUCUUGAGUCCAGCUCUGCUGGGACCAGUGCUGUGAACUCUACAUCAGGUCAUGGAAACGUGCCUAGGCAUGGGAGAAAGUCUUCCUCUGGGUCAAAAAGAGACCAUACCAUCCAGGAGUUCCUUAUCAGAGAGGCACUGCAUUCCAAGACCCACAAGUGCAACAAAGAAGAUACAUUGCUCACUGGAUCUGCCAGUCCCAUUUCUGGACCAGCAGACCCAUUCUGCACCAGCUCCACAAGUAUCCCGUGACUUGUUGGACCAGAGACUGAUCCUCUUUCUGGCCCCCAUUUCGUCCGAAGACUGUGUAUCAUAGAUUCUGGGGAGUCUCUGAUGUGCUCUUGUCUCAUAAGACAAAGGUGCUGGAACUAACGAUGCCCGGUGGGGGUGCACUUUCUGGCUUGAAGAGCUCUGCAUUAUAUACAGGGUUUACAGUUUGGUUGAAUGGCUCUGAGUGCCCCCACUAUAAAAAUUGUUCCAAAACGUCUGUCAUGAGUUAUUCUCUGUGGCAAGCAUGUGGUGUCCAUAAAGCGUUCCAUCCAUCAUCUUGGACCCACCCCCUUCUGUCCAUGUUCCUACAAUACAUUCUGUUCUGGUGGCUCCUUCAGCAUUGCCAUUUGGUCAGGAUUCUGGUUCCUCUGAGGAUCAGGAUGUUAUGCAUGGUCCGCUGCUUCCAUUCCAAAGACAUGACCAUCAAAGGGGUUCCAAUGGCAUCAAGGCAAUACCUUCCCUUACUUCAUCCAAGGAAUCACUGGUACUCAACUCGUUGGGUACCACUGCAACAGCUGGAUCAACCAGGUUGGCUGUGUGGGAGCUCAUAUCCUCAAUAUUCGCCUUUGAAACCAUCUAAUUCAAUGCAAGAGGAUUCCCCUGUUUCAUCAUCUCAUCCUUCAUUGAAUAGGUGCUCAGAAUUAGAGCUAGAUGACAUGCUGACCAAUCCAAUACUAAUGUCUGAAGAGAUUUCUCAUCAUCUGCAAACACGAGUAUGUCAUCAGCAUCCUCCUUUCCUCCAGAUAACUAUCAUUAGUUUCAAGAGUUAAUACAGAGGAUAGCUAAUGCUCUUCAGAUAUAAUUGGGAGUUGCAGGAUAGUCCACGCUACCUAAGCCAGGUGGAGUCAGCCAAUAGGAAUGCAGGUAAGAAUUUCAGACUGAGACAAAGGAAUUUGUGGAGUUUCUCUCUCUCUUGUCCCUGAGCAGUUUUGCUCUCUAGCUAGUGAGGGGGACAGAUAGUGUCUCCCUCCAAGAAGAAACUCUUCAUGCCCCCAAAGUCCCUUGAAUUCAUUGGGGCACGGUUAGAUUCUACAACGGUCAGGGCUUACUUUCCGCUAGCCAGAUUUCACACAAUAUAGAACCUCGUUCACACUCUUACAGUCCCAAAGUCCCCAUACUUACCUGCUUGCUUGCUCGUGGGACAUAUGGCAGCCACGACUUACGUAGUAAAACACUUUUUCAGCUUUCUUUGGACAACAGAGAAGUUUCCAGAUUGCAGGCCUUGGUUCUUAUGGGGGGACUUUAAUCACCCUGACAUCUGUUGGGAGACCAAUACGGCAGUACACAGACAAUCCAGGAAGUUUUUGAAGAAUGUUGGGGAUAACUUCUUGGUACAAGUGCUGGAGGAUCCAACCAGGGGAUAUGCACAACUUGACCUGCUGCUCACAAAUAAGGAGGAACUAAUAGGGGAAGUAGAGGGGGGUGACAA